AUGGCAGCGAAAAAAAGAAAGUUUUCCGAAGAUUACGUUAAGUUUGGAUUUACCUUCAUAGAAAAAGACGAGUUACAAUUGCCUCAGUGUGUGAUACGCGUGAAAGUUUUCUGUAAUGAUAGCAUGAGGCCCAAUCGCCUUGAAAGGCAUUUGAAGCAACAACAUCCUACUCUGGUAUUGAAGACGAAAGAGUUUUUUUCUUCUAAAGCAGAAUCGCUCAAUCGGAUGAGACUGGAUAAAUUGGGAAGUUAUCACACAGUUUAUGUUCGUUACGUCGGCGGAGAUAUCAUCCAAGAAGAGAUUUUGUACUCCCAAUCUUUGACAGCACGUACUACAUCUGAAGAUAUAUUUAAUUCAAUAUCAAAUUUUGUUGAAAAAAAUGAUUUGGAUUGGAAGAAACUCAUUGGACUUUGCACAGAUGGCGCACCUGCAAUGAUAGGUGUACGAUGGGGCUUAGCUAAAAAGCUCAAGGAAAAAAAUCCCGCAAUGGUUAGUACACAUUGUGGCUUCCAAAACGUUGCCACAGAAAUUACUCCAGACUUUGGACUCGGCUACAAAGAUUGUAAACAACAUCAAGAGCAGCGCUUUGAACAGUCGGUUAUAUACUUCACUCUACGAGGAUCUCGAUUCUGA